AUGGCCGCGUCCCGAUCCUCGCGUGUCACAAGGUCGUCAGUGGGGCUCAAUGGAUUGGAUGAGAACUUUUGUGGUCGAACCCUCAGGAACCGCAGCAUCGCCCAGCCGGAAGAGACCUCCGUGUCUCCGCUACCGAGGGCCCGCUCGCCUAAGAAGAAGCAGGACGCCAAGCAGCAGGAGUCGAAGCAGGAUUCGAAACAGGACGCCAAACAGCAGGAGUCGAAGCAGGACGCUAGGCUGCAGGAGUCGAAGCAGGACGCUAGGCAGCAGGAGUCGAAGCAGGACACUAGGCAGCAGGAAUCGAAGCAGGACACCAAACAAGAGGUUAGGCAGGAGUCUAAGCAGGACACCCGGCAGCAGGAGUCUAAACAGGACACCAAACAAGAGGUUAGGGAGGAGUCGAAGCAGGACCCCGAGCGGCAGGAGUCGAAGCAGGACGCCAAGCAGGACUCGAAAGCAGAGGGCAAGCAGGAGUCCAAACAGGACACCAAACAAGAAGUCAAACAGGAGUCAAAGCAAGACAACACACAGGACACAAAGCCAGACCCUCAGCAGGAUGGGGAACAGCAGGCCUCGCUGCAGGGGAAGUUAACUGACUUGAACGCUUCUUCUGCUGAAGCGGAGCAACUGACCAGCUCAAGGAAGCGUAAUGUGUCCUGCUUAGAAAAAGACAUUAGUCCUGAGAACUGUGAUAGAGGGAAGGGGGCGCGCGAUGUCUGUCCUCAAAUCAAAAGGGCCAAGCGGUGCUCCCGCUCCGGAGAUUCUCAGGGACACGACGAGGACUCUGAGCUUCUGAAAUCUGAAAGUCCGCUUUCUGUCCUCGAGCCCUGCAAAGACAACAGUUGUGAAGAAUUUCCCAGCCAAAACUCUGCUAACACUUCUCCUGCCUCACCCGUCCUCAGUAAAGAGGAAGGUGAGCUGACAGGGGGCGCGGCGGCAGAGGAUGGCCAUGUGGAGUGUGACGGGGCCGCUCGGGCAGCUCAGCCCCCAAACGCCCACAAGGCCUCGAAUGGACUCAAAGACAAUAAAACAGAGGAAUCUUGCACACUCACUGAAGAGCAAAGUGCGACUCCGCCCUCUGCUACCAACUGCCCGUCGCUGCUCAACGGCAGUCAGACGGGGGCUCCCUCAUCCCCUGACCCCGCUGUGCCUUGUAGAAACUCUGUCCCUGUGCAGAUGGAGGUCUCUGGCUCAGGGGAAUCGCCAGUCUCAUCUGUGCCCACAUUAGAAGCUGUUUCAGAGGACCCUGUUCCUGACUUGAUAGUGGCUAAAGAGCAGGAGGUGGAGGAGAUGGAGGUGGACGUGGUGGGGGACACGUUAUGCCUGGCCCACGAGGAGCAGGUGACGGAGACUGACAACAAUACAAACGGCCGGUCGCUCACACCGGUGCAGGAUGCUGCUGCUGCCUCCACCUCCACCUCCACCACCACCACCAACACGAACAGUAGUCCAAUCAACAACAACAUUAACAGCAACUCAGGAGAAACUACACCCCCAUUAGCAACAACCCCCUCCCCCACAGAGCAAGGGUGCAACCCCUUAAUAUCCAGCACGCCUCCCUCUUUCUCUGAGCUCUAUGAACACAGAUAUACCCUGCGGACUUCACCCAGGAGGGCAGCCACUGGUGGCAAGGCCUCCUCCUCUAAGCUCAGCUCUCCUCCCAGAGACAAUGGUCCCUUGAGGGAAGAGGGGGAGGUGGUGGUUGGGUUGGAGGAGGACUGCCCCAUGGUAGAAGAACCCGCUCCCUCUGACUCUGUCGGCCUCUCCACUGAGGAGCUGGUCUCUGAGGAUCCUGGGUACAAGGCGGGCGAUGAAGAUGGUGGGCUUGUAGACAGCAAAGAGGCAGAAAAGAGAAAGGAACUAACAAAGAGCCAGGCUGCAGAGGAGGAGGAGGAGGAGGAGGAAGAGGAGGAGCCCGACGUGUAUUACUUUGAGUCAGACCACCUGGCACUUAAACACAACAAAGAGUAUGUAGGAGCUCUCUGGGGAUUGUCCUCUUCUUUUGUUGGUGCAGCUCUCACACAUGUCAUUGACUAAAUCCUGUCAUCAUCAGGUUACUUCUGCUCUUUGCUUUUGAAUGAACCCAAAAAAUACUCAUCAGGAUUUUGAUACGACACUCUAAUGUGUUUUAAAAUCUCACACAUGACUGAGGUUUGUUCUAGUUUUCAACACCCAGUCCUUCUUAACCUGGUCAAACACUUUUAAAAGGGUUUUGGUGAUAUGACAAAAAGUGGACAACCGUUGGACGUCAUUGUCCCACUGCCUCUGCCUGUGAUGCAUCUCCAUGGUGUGCAGUUAACUGCAUGUAUUCAGAUUUAAUGACUUUAAACGUCCCUCUUAAAAGGUCAAAGGGCUCUGUGCCGGUCCAUCAGAGAUGAUCUAGUUUCACUUCAACCUCUUGAUAUAUUACUGUUCGUUUGAAACUCUUAUGUGUGACAUUAGUGGCAGCGGGGCUCAUAGUCCUUCAGCUGAGCUCCUGCUAAAGAAAACCUCAGCAUCACGCAGGUUUAGAUAAAUAUGUUUGUUUGUAUCUGGGCUAAUUUAGGAACAACUCCAACUCCACUUUGUCAUGAAUAAAACAGCAGAUUUAUUCCUAACAGGCCAAAUGCAUUUCCAACUUAUAUGGAUAUUCUGGCGUAAAAUAAAGUUGGGGUCAAACACACCGUAACACCGAGUUAGACACUUCCGUCAAGAGACGAAUGUUGCCGACCGCUUGCUUCUCUAGUUAUUCCAACUUUAGUAACAACGGAAGAACAUUUAUGAUCAUUUCUUUACCAUUUUCUUGAAGUAAUAAUCAUCAUAUUAAUCAUUUUGCGUCUUGGUCUGAUUGCAUUUCCAUGAAGAAAUGAUCAUAAAUGUUCUUCCUUGAGCUGCGUCACCCCGCUGUAGUCCAUAAUGGACUGGCCUGAGGUCUCGCUACAAACAAGCGGCUGCUGGAAGAGAGUAGGUGAGUUGUGUUUAGUCUCUUUGCUUAAGAAAUCAGGCAAAGCUAAAAAGAUGUUUGGUGGCUAGUACUAUGGCUGGGACCCUAUAUGUCCUGUUGAUGAAGUUAGGUGCUGUUCUGAGCAUUAUUUGUGGCUAUAGAGUGGUGUUUUGGUUGAGGUUUGUUUUUGGCUCCUCAGACCGCUGUGUAUUGCUAUCGUGCGGUCGUUACUAAAGUUGGUAUAACUAGAGAAGCAAACAGUCGGCAACAUUAAUCUCUGGAGAUGGUGUCUAACUCUGCGUUACGGUGUGUUUGACCCUGAAUUAUUUUACGCAGGAAUAUCCCUUUAAGCCUGAUUUACACUUCUGCGUCAAAUUUACACCUUGGGUUCACAUAGUCCUGCACCUGUAUGCAGAAGCUAAUGGAUGUAGCCUGACAAUUUUGUGCACUUCCUCAAAAUUGUAACUCCAGGUUGAUAAAACCCUCUGACAGGUCUGCUGAGUGGCUUCAUAUGUCCUGCAGCAUUUACAGCACCUCUUGUACUGCUUGUAUAGCAUUACAGUGGAUAGUGACGAGAGAUGCAGACACUCAAACACACAUGACGAUGUUACAGCAAGGUCACUGAGGAGUGGCUCCAGCGUCGAGUCAAUGCAGGAAUAUAAAGCAGGGUUUGCUGGUGCGGCAUUAAUGCAUUAGGAGUUGUCAGUGUUUACAGUCAAAUAAAACCGUUCAAAUGAAAUUUAGACCAUCCCAGCAAGAGGUUUGAUUGAUUUAAUCAUCGUGCAUCUUAGUGGUCAAGUGGACUGCUGUUAGAGAGAUGUCCACAUGAAUUUAAAUUACCCCAGACACAUUUUAAAACAUCCUCCAUGAGGAUCAGAAAGCAGGUAUUGAUUUCUGAUAACUCAGGCUUACUCAGUCAAUCAGAACCUUCUUGACUUUGUGGAGAUGGAUUCAGAAUGUGUUUUGUUUUUUUCCCCCUAACCUGUUAGAUGGUCGAACAGUCAGAGGCAGCAUCUCAGAGAGAAGGAAAUCAAAAAUGGACAGAAUAUGUUUUUUUGUUUUUUUUUUUGUUCUUUUCCUGUUUACUGUGUUGAAACUCCUCAAAUGUCUCUUUUCCUCUCUGUGGGUUUAUGACAUUGUGCAAAAAAAAAGAAGAAUUCCUCUUGGCUGUGCCCAAAAGGGUUUAUUCAUAUUCUCUCUAUCGACAUAAACAAAUGAGAAGCAGCAUUAUGUUUGCACCCAAGUGUAUCCGGGUUUUGCACCGCCAACGCAUAGAUGUUUAAUUAUCACAUUUAUUUUUAGAGUCUCCUCUUUCUUGUAAUGGGAAUAUCAACAAGCACAUAAGUACGGCUCCUUCCUUAUUGUUCAGGUUUCACACGUUCUAACAUUUUAUUUCCACCCUCGGUCUGGUGCUGUAAUUGUGUGAAUCAGCUGCCAUUCAAAGAUUUCUAAAGCUCACAGAGGUUGGAUGUUAAAUUUACUCUGCUGAUUACCUCCGUUCUCUCUUUUCUCGGUAAGAGAAGCUGUUUCAGAGGAAAAUGGUUUCUCAGUGUCUGGUCUCCUUCCCGCUGUCAUCGUCGGUUAUUCUGCAAGAUUUGUGUCUAUGGACAGCCGCCACGCUGGGCUCAGACAGCCACUAUUAACUGUGCCGUUGCAGAUCAGCUGAUUCAGGAUGAAACCUCAUCAGAGGAGUGGUGGAGAGGGGCUGAGGUCCCCUUGUCUUUGACACCAGUAUUAGUUGAUGUUUCAGAUUUGGAGAGUGGCUUUAGCGUAAGCGCUCACUGCUCUCGUAUUGCGAGGUAAUUCGAUGAAGUUUCUCUUACAUGCCAAGUUUUAGAUUCUGCUGAGUAAGGGGAAAUUUUGGACUCUACAAUCAAUACAGUGUGGAGUCAUCUUAAGGCAAGCAUGACUAGGCAUUUUAAGGUUGCUGUAUAUGAGGAUUCAAUAAUGAUAUGAUUAAUGAUAGGUGAAUAGAAAACCUGUGUUUGUUUGUUAAAGAUUUGCUAAUAUAGACACAUCUUCCCACACACCAACCCACUUUCCCCUGAUUAUCAAGCAUUAAUGCUGUAUUGUUCUGGCAAGCUUUGCUUUUGGCACCAAGGUUUGUCGGUGGACCUUGGGCCUCGUAGGUGGCAAUGAAACCCUCUCCCUAGACACCUGGCGGGGGUUCAGAGAGCUGAGGAAAAAAGAGCCAAGUCCUCCUCGUUUCCCUGUGACAGAUUAAUGCACAGAUCAUCUGUUCAUCAGAGGAAGUCUGCAUGCAUGCUGUUUCUCUUUUGAUGAUUGCCUUCAUGCGAAUCAGAGCCAGGCUGUAGUACAGGAAAUUUGCCGAAGUAUGCUUGCUGCAGAAACAGAUUUCAGUUCGCAGCGAAGCGCUCGCUGAUAACUCCACAAGGUCAGCCGAGCUCCACAAAAAGCAGAACUGUUAUAUCUGUAGCUAAUUGACAGAUCUGAGGUUAAACAAAGUCGACACCAUCUGAAUGUUUUUGCUUGUAGGAAUUUGAAAGCACCAGCAGCUGUUGAAUAAAUUGUGUCCCUCGCAUUGAUUUUCAUUCAUGUCCUGUUAGAGGAGAUUGAUCCUCUCUGCUUCGCUGAGCACCUGCAUCAGGUUAUGGCCACGAAGGGAUGCUGUCACGUUCGUGCCGAUUUCUCCAGCUCUCCUCCUCGCACUGUAAGGCCUCUUGAGUCAGUGCCACACUUAGUCACUGACAGCUCAGUUUGCAGUUCUUCUUUUGCCCCAAAGGGUGUGAGAGGAAAGGUCAAGCUUUAGCAGUGCAAGAGGCUCCUAAAGCACUGCAAAACCCAAGUGUUUGUCAUGCAAAAGGUUUUCACAUUGCUCUGAUUUCUCCGAGAUUACGGGUCAGAAAAAGCUUUUAGUGGUUCAGUCUCAUCUUCUCUGUCCGUAUAAUUUUUUACCAAUCAGUAGAAGUGCUAUAAAAGCGACUCUAAAAGUGUUUUGUGUCGGUAUGAGCAGCUCCAAGGCGCAUAACUGUUAGUCAGUGCCAAGAUUUCUAGCACACCAAAACACACGUAAACACUUUUUUUUGCAAAAUCGGUGGAAAACACAGUGAAAUGGUUCGUGUCUUGUGCGAGUGUUUAGUCUCUCAGCAUCGUGGCUGAAUUAUGCAUGGUCUGGGGUCUAAAAGUUUGAUGCACUGCAGCAUUGCAAGUGUCAGGUUAAAUAAUGUAAGCAGUCCCUCCCUCCCACUGUUGUCUAACCUCUCUUCCCUCCGUGUCAGUUAUCAGAGGCUGCUGCAGACCAUCGGAGUUCUCGAAGCCCAACGCACGCAGGCUAUCCUGGACCUGGAGACGUUAGCGCGUCAGCAGAAAGAGGCCCUCGCAGAUCCCAUCAGCUUUGUGGAGCAGCUACAGAAACGGGUAAAACACAGAGACCCGGACACAAACGAAACAAGACCCAGUUUGUUUUUAAGUGGCAUUUAUUUAAAAAAUAUAAUGAAAUGAAAAGAGUAUCUUUAAGAUGUCUUAGUUUAUCUUUAAGAUGUGAUCAUCUUUCACACCUUUCACACCACGCAGCUUCAUAAAUGUAUAAAGCGCCAAAACAAUGUGCAUGUUUCUAAGUGGCACACACAUUCCUGCUCUCCGUUUUCUGCCUGAGGAAGACUUUGCCGGUUGCAACGUUGCUGGAAUAAAUAUUUGGGCGCUUGUAAAAUUCAUUGUGCAGACUUUUCCACUGUCUGACUCAAGUUUGGUUCUGCACCUGUUCAUAUCUGGGCCAGGGUGUGCACAACGUCCAUCCUGUCAGCCCAAGAGACUUGAGACGUCUUUCAACAGUUGUCUCAAUAAUACGUUUAGCAGGAAUAUGACUCUAAAGAGUUGACUCACGUGAAUAAUGGCUAGGUUGGGAAAUAAAAAGAUAAUGUCAGAACAAACAGGAAAAUGUGGGACCUCAGGUCAAUCAACAAUUAACUGUUUAAUUAGAAGACUGUCACUUCUCUCUGUCCAUGCUGUUCAGUGAUCAGCUGCAGAAUACUCUGUCUCUUGUGCUUUCUCCCUCACUUUCCCUCUGGAGACUCUCACUCUGCCCAAACUCAGAUAACAUUUAAAUUUGUCAGUUUUUGCAAAACAGAUCAGGGUUUCUGCUGGGUCUUAAAAAGUCUUAAAACGUCCAAAAAAACAGUAAUUUAAAUUUCAGGCCUUAAUUCAUCUUAAAUUCCCCUAAAACCUUGUGAAAUGUCUUAAAUAUAUAUUUGAGAGGUCUUAAAAGUGUAUUAAUGUUACUUACAGUUAAGAUUACUUUGAGGUUAGUUUAAAAUGUUCCGAUUUCCCUUCAUGACUUUGGUAUCUUUUUGGCAGUAUGGAUGUAAAAUGGGUUUUAAAUUGUAUUUAUUAUGGUCUUAAAAAGUCUUAAAAAGUUUUCAGUUUAACUUGUUGAAAACUGCAGAAACCCUGCAGAUGUAUACAGUACAUCUAUGAUGUAAAAAAAAAAACAUAUAAGAACUAAACUAUUUUUUUCCACAUUGAAAGUCUCUGUGCUUGUUUCCACUUAGAGGGUAGGUGUAAAGCUAAAUGACUGUCAACUGCCUAUUAUUAUUAUUAUUAUUAUUAUUAUUGUUUUUCACCAGCAAUGAUAUAACAAGUGAUGCAUCUCACUGUUGAAGGAAGGAGGAGAUUUUCUGCCAAAAACAUCAUUUACAUAAAUACAGGGAUGCCACAACCGACACGUUUGUACAACAUAACUCUGUUUUAACUGCAGUCAGCUGAUCUCUGCUCAUAUUUACAUCUAUUUGAACACAGAACAAGAGUAUAAAGCAGUAAGAUGAGUUUUGAAUCAUGUGAGUUAACCUCGUAAUGUUCAGUAUAACUGAGGACCUCCACAGUAUUCACUUUUCAUCCUAUCAGUGAGAUCUGGAGACUGAAUCGGUUACAGAGCCCCUGUGGAUCGAGCCUGUUACAGGAAUGACAGUGAUGUGAGCUAACCUGAAUAAUGUUUAGCAGUGACGGGACUCAAAGCAGGGUUUUAAAAGUCAAAGAUUACAAGGUUAUCAAAACAUUAUUAUACCUUACAAGAGAAUAGAGAAGACAUCAGGUUUUGCCUUAUUAUUCAGUUCAGUCAUGAUUUUGAGCAGAGAGCCGUUUCACCUGCAGCGUAAAGAACCGGUAUCGGCUCCCAGCAGCACUGCCAUGCUGUGAAUGAAAGCAGCUUUUGUCCCUCUGCGCCUGUUGCUGCCUCAUACAUCAACAUGAGAUAUCAACCCUUCUUCAUUUUGUUAAUGGAUAAUGACAGAGGUGCCUCUGACCCUCAGGUGAAUCUGGGCUUGCCGUGUCCUCAGCGGGUCGUCCAGCUCCCUGACGUAGCGUGGGAGCAGUACACCUCAGGCCUCGGCGACUUGGAAAGAGAGUUCUGUGACAAGAAACGCAAAACGAGGCGGCUAAAGCUUAUCUUUGACCAAGGUAUGUGCAGAUUUCAAUUGUCCUUUUUUUGUAGAGCGUGAAUUUUGGUUUGUUAAAUUCAUGAAAGUAAAAAUUCUGCUCGUUUCUUCUCAUCAGGUUUGCCUGAUCGACCAAAAAGUCCUGUUGAACCCAGGAAGGAAGGAGAGUCCUCCACCAUGUACACCUCUCUGCCCACAAGUGACGCUCCAGAGAACGGCAGACAAACACAGGUAUCACCCUGAUCCUUCUCGUCAUCAUCACACACGUGUGUGCUGCUUCUGUCUCCCUGUAUAUCAUUGUUGCAGAACAUUAGACAUACAUUGUCCUGACUAUAACCAUGAGUCACUCCUGCAGCUUUAUCACCAGGUUACACUGCCCGCUCUGCUCCCCUUCUUGAUUCUCUGCAGAGUUAAGCAUGCAGCACAUGUGAGCAUGAAGGUGGUAUCUAUGGAAACGCAAGGAGCUCGCCUCUCCUCCACCUCCACCUCUGAUGAUGUUUUUUUUUUUUUUUCCCCUCUGGCUUGUGUUUACGUUUUUGUCGUCUCCCUCUCCCUUCGGGUUUAAUUGAUUGUUGGGAUUAGAUCGUGCCAAGUAUUUAGCACUGAGCAAACAACUCCUUGAUCAUUCCUUUUGCUCGCGCUGUUUAUUUAGCGGAGCCACAUUUGCACUCGCACAGAUUACAGCCUCUGAAUUCUAACAGGAUUUCAUUUGUCAGUCAAAGUGUUUUUCGUCGUCUUCCCAUGACACAUCUCCAGUCACAUCUUUGUCUGUCAAUCUGACAGAUUCUCUGUGCCAGGCAGUCCGUGUGCACAGAUCUCCUCAAAUGGUGGAGCGCCCAUUAUUUUCGUUCCGUGCGAGUCUUUUAACUUGGCUGUCACUCCUGUUUUUUCUCGACAGAUGAUCCGGGGGAGGAUUUGUCACCCAAACAAGCCUGACACAUUCAACCAGCUGUGGACUGUGGAGGAACAGGUAGGUAACAAGUGUGUAAGGAAUCACACCCUGUUUAACAGAAUAUGCCAUUCACUAAAAAACCACGCUGAAUCUUUGCACAGAUUCUCAUUUUUUUGACUUUAUUUGAAGGAAAAAUCGACUUCAUUCAAGUUUUGUCGAUUUUUGACACAGGGCUUCAUUUGUUUGUUUGUUUUUAUUUUAGUGUGUAAUGUGUGAUCAAAGCGGAGCGGAUAAAUCUACACGUGUCUGUGUCCCCUCAUAUGUCUUUACCUGUUGGUUUUUUUCUUCUUGUAGAAAAAAUUGGAGCAGCUUCUUGUGAAGUUUCCUCCCGAGGAAGUGGAGUCCAGAAGGUGGCAGAAGAUUGCAGACGAGCUGGGCAACCGAACAGCAAAACAGGUGAGGGGUUAGUCAAAAUGAACGGAUGAGGUGCAUGUGCAGGAUUUUCGUGCUUCUAUCAGAAUAUUUUGGUUGAUAUCUCUGUUUAGAAAUAAUGCAGACAUUAAUAAUAGAUGACAGAUUCAUUAGUUAGGUUUACAGAGAACUUUCAAAAUGACAAAUCCGACUUCAGUAAAAGUGUGUCUCUGCAGCUGAAUAACACAAACCGAGUCGUCUUUGAAGCGGUCGUACUUCUCCCUGUUUCUCUUAUCACCACCUGACAUUGAUGAAUCUGUGUCUUCACUAUGGAAACAGGCUGUUAAAUUGCAGGAGUGUCGAGCGAAACACUUAGCAGAGCUGAAAGGCAAAGACUGACUCGUGUGAUAACCGUGCCCUCUUUAAGUACCUGGAUCCUGGAUACAUUUGCAUGACCUCAAUUACUUCAAGCAGCUGUUCCCCCCCAUUCUGCUGGAAAUCAUUAACGGAGACGUUUUCCUGUUAAAACAUUUCAGGUUGCCAGUCGGGUUCAAAAGUACUUCAUCAAACUGACGAAAGCUGGUAUCCCCGUGCCUGGAAGAACUCCCAACCUGUGCAUGUACACUAAAAAGGUAUUUAACUACGGAGCUACUUAUGCUUACUGCAUGUCUUUUUUUCCCUUUGAGACUUUUUUUUAUGCCUUUAUGAAGAGAGAGUGGAUGGAGGAGGAAACUGGGAAGAGAGAGUGAGGAGUGAGAAGCAAAAGGCUGCUGCUGGAUUCGAGGAUAAUAACCUCUGCAGAUGUUAAAGAUUUUUCUAUGUUUGGAUAUUUAAAAAAAAACGAACAUUUGGACGUUUUUAAAUGUUAAAAAAAAAAGACAAACACUUCCAUGCAUCUGUUUGUCAUGUUAAUCUUGGUUGUGGCAGCGUGACAGUGACAGAAGUGACAAUGACAGCAGAACCAUCGCAGUGUAACUGAGCUGCAGAGAGAGUGAGUGGGGUUUAUGUUAGCUGCUAAAUCCUUUUUAUAUGAUCUUUGUUUGUUUUUUUUAACUGAUGGCUUUAAGGGAUAUUUUGGCAUAAAAUUAAUUUAGGGUUAGGAUUCACAAAUAAUGCUCAGAACAGCACCUAACUUCAUCAACAGGACAUAUAGGGUCCCAGUCAUAGUACUAACCACCAAACAUCUUUUAACUUUGACUAAUUUCUUUAGCAAAGAGAAUAAACACAACUCAACCUCUCUCCUUCAGCAGCCGCUUGUUUGUAGCGAGACCUCAGGCGAGUCCAUUACCGCAGCGGGGUGUCGCAGCUCAAGGAAGAACAUUUUUGAUAAUUUCUUCAUGGAAAUACAAUCAGACCGAGACGCUAAGGCAGAAGAGCUACCGCGUCUGCAGAGCAAAAUGAUUAAUAUGGUGAUUAUUACUUGAAGGAAAUGAUCAAGAAAUGAUCAUAAAUGUUCUUCCUUGAACUGCAACACCCCGCUGCAGUAAUGCUGUGUAUUUCUAUCCUGCGGUCUUUACUAAAGUUGGUUUAACUAGAGAAGCAAGCGGUCUGCAACAUUCAUCUCUCGAGGGGGUGUCUAACUCUGUGUUAUGGUUUGUUUGACUAAAUUAAUUUUACACAGGAAUAUCCCUUUAAGUGUCUCCUGAGUAAACUAAUCACAAAUUAAAUGAUGUACAAAAGCACAUGUUGCUCUUCUCACUCCACUCGUCUGUUCUGUUGAUUCCUCAGGCGUCCAGUAAGAGGCAGCAUCACCUCAACAAGCAUCUGUACCGGCCGUCUACCUUCCUCACCUCCUACGAGCCUCCAGUCUACAUGGACGAGGACGAAGAGCGUGCGGGGUAUUACGGCAGCAUGCAGGACCCCUCUGCUGAAGACUCGGUCAGUCCUCUGUCAAAAACUCUCCCUCUACAGAGACCAGUGUGGUUAUUUUAAUGCUUUCCACACUCCUCCACAGAGAGCUUGUGUUGUUCUGACAAGUCUGUUCAAAUCUGUUUAACACAAGACAACAUAAUCCAGCGCACCUUGUCGCUUAUGUCUGCUUCCCCCCCUCCCUCUCGACACCAUUCAACACUUGAGGGUGAAAUAAGUCCCCUGAACAUGCACGUCUCUACUCUUUCUAUUUUUCCACUCUUCAGUCACGGCAGUGUGGACUGUUUUUAAAAAGCCAAAUGAAAGCAGGAUGCGGAGCCAGCCUCGCCUCUCUUUCAUUUGAACUCCCUGCUCCUGGUGCUCGCCGUUACCCAAGCGCUGACAUUUUCUUUUUUUUCCCUUUGAUGGCUAUAACCUUUAAAUAAAACCAGGUCGCCAUGCCCAGCUGAGAACACAGGCUGCCGGCUCCACCAGAGCGUUAACAAAACCCCUGACGCCACCGAUAUGAAGGAAAGGCACUAAGGUGUUACCAGCACGGCCACAAUCAUUUCACACUUCACCAGGCUGCUGUCCCUGACCGCGGUCCUGUUUACAGGGAGGUUUGCUGUGAAGGCGAGCGCGUCUGCUGGUCAGCAGGACUUCUGGUGGAUGAAUGAAAGUUUUUUAAAGAGUGAAUCUCUGUUUUCACUCUGAAGCAAACACGCACUGAACACCUGAAAACUCUGCGCAUAUUCAGAGUGAGCCACAGGUGUGAAGUGGACGACUCCCACGGCAUAGUCUUUUACACUCGUUCCUUUAUUUGGUGCAUUUGUUGGUUUACAAGAAGCUUUGAUAUAAGAGCAGACACCUAUCUUAUCGGAUAGGUUUUAAACAUGAGACUUUUACUCCUGCUGCGCCAUCUUGCCUCGAACCUCCAACACUCGUCUCGUUGGACAGGGAAAACUUCACAUUGUAAAAGUGAUUCACUUGUGAGAUUAAAUCUGUACUUUUUGCUAAAUAACUGAAAGAAAAGUUUGAAUGGUGUUUGUGGAUAUAUUUUCAUCUGUUGACUCCAGGUUUAUUUCCUGUGCACGACAGUAAAUAUAUGUUUUUGCAUGGUUUUUUUUUCUCUUUACCUGACAUGCAGGAUGAGGAGGGAAUUCCAGUGGAGUUGAGAAAUCUGCCGGAGUACAAAGAGCUUUUAGAGCUGAAGCGGCUGAAGAAACAGGCGCUGCAGGAGCUCCAGGAAGAGAAGGCCGGGGUGCGGCAUGUAGGCUACAAGGUGACGACUGUUUAAAGCCUUUUUAAGCCGGUUUUUCCACAAACUGACACCUGUUCAUGAUGUAUGAGGGGAAAUAAAAUCCUAGAGCGCUUCCUCAGUGGUAUGAAAUAAACAGAUAAUAAGGUUACCUCCUUCUGUCCUGUUGACUGCACAUAAAGUCUCCAAAAAAAGAAACAUUAGACGCUGUUUCUCCUGAAAACAUGAGUAUAGUUAACAGUUUGAAACAGCUCCAUAGUUGUGUCGUUGACCUGCGGUGUCUGUCUGUGUUCUGUGUCUGUGCAGUGUGAUGUCUGUGGCAUGGAGCCCAUCCAGGGAGUGCGGUGGCACUGUCAGGACUGUCCGCAAGACAACUCAGUCGAUUUCUGCUCCAACUGCUCAGACUGGUGAGUUCCUCCUGCUUCUGCUUGGACUGAGAAACUUUGACUGUAUGGAUGAUGUUUAUCAGAAAUUAGAUAAUCAAAUCCGACUGAAAAGAGAAUUAAAGGGCGUUUAAGUUAAACGCGUAAAGCUCAUGCACAGAGGCGAUAGAUUCAGACUCUCCUGUUUAUUGUCCCACAGGGGAAGAAAUGAGUUUUUCAGCAGGAGCACAUAAAAGACACACGCAGCCGAGAAAAACAAUCAAAUAAAACCCAGUUAAAAAUCCUGGAAGUAAAACAACAUCAAAUUUAGCACAGUGUAAGAGAAUAAUAUUAACAGCAUCAAGCCAUAAGUUAAGUUAAGCAGACUUUAAAUCAUAGUGGUGCAGCAUGAAUCACCGCGGGGUUCAUGAAUUAUACUCAAGAAGAGUGAGACCUGAAGUCUGUUACUCUCUCUUAUGCAGUACUGCCUGAAGCGGCGACCCAAGGGUUAAAGGUCAGAGCCACACAAGAGUAGAUGAUCUGGACAGUCCAGUGUAGCGUUAGCUAACCUGCUCACCACUUUACUUGUCUCUCUCCAGCUACCCCGUCUGUUAAAGGCAGACAUAGGCGUCAGUUUAGGGGGGGACAGGGGGAUGUGCCAUUGUAACCCCAGUUAUUUUCAGUAGUAUAGAAAAUUCUGACGCUCCCGAACGCAUCAUCCGUAUUUGUCUGAAGUCGCUGAGAGAUGCAGCAGACCUCCGCGAGGAUAACAAAAACGUGCAGCUGUUGUAAAUUUGCGUCUGUGCCACGUUGAAGCUGCGGCCCAGAGUGUGCUUUUUCUUCUGAUAUUACCUGGUGAGUUAGAAAACUUGUUCGCUUAUUUAACCCUAUGAUUAUCCCCUGUAAUAUAUCUAUGCUAGGGGGCGUUAGUUGGUUACAUGAAAUAAGUCUACGCAUUUUAAUGUAGCCAUACCAAAAGAAAAAUCAGUUAUAGUCGUCAUCCCAGAGUCACUUUUGCUAGUAGCCGCCUCCCCCACUUUUUGAAACAAACUGACGCCCUUGAAGGCAGAGAUGAUUAAACAUGUAUAACGAGGUUAUCUAAUGAGUAUUUCACUCUUGUUCUGUUAUCCUUCAGGGACGCAGAUUUAUCCGAAAGUUGACCCGUUUUCCUGCGCUUUAGUCGGUACUGAACUCGUCCUCAACUUUGUGGUUUUGAAAGGACGGCGGUGGUGAGUCAUGUCGGCUGCCUGAGCCACGCUGUGAACAUCAUUCAAAGUAAUAUUAGCCGUGUCAUUUAUCUGACAGCUAACCACACAGUGUGUUCAAAGAGGAGAAGUAUGAGGACAUUUUGACGGGCUCAGUGUUUGGCAUGUUUGCUCUAAAGGCAGCAGCCUGUUAUAAUGUCACCGAGCUCUGCACUUAGGUUAUUAUUUCCUAAUUUAAAUGCUGAAAUACAGCCGCAUAUCACUGAUUCCUGUAUGAGACGCACAGAUUAAGAGGUGUUAUCUAAAACAAAUGAGAAGAAAAGAGUAAAUAAAGGUCAGAAAAUGAAGCAGAAAAACAAAAAUAAAGCUUUUAUCCUAAAAAUUCAUACUUAUUAUGCUCCCUGUGCUGCUCUCCGGGGGAUGUAGUUUAUCCAGCGGUGCUUUUCCACGGCAGGAAACCUUUUGACCUUUUAGAGGAACUCUGUGUAACCUCAGUGUUGACUCAGUAUGUAUCUGGGCCGGUAAUAAACCAGGUUUGUUGGACGUGAUCUAAAUACUGAAAAAAAAUAAAGUUCAUUUUUGACAGAUGGUACGACCCUCUGCCUCUGACAUUUAUCACUGUGCCACGAUGAAGCACUAAAAGGCGUCAGCCACCAAUUACAAGCCCGGUGUUUCCCAGGCUGCUGUUGGCUGAUAAGAAGAAAGGAAAUAUCACUGACUGGAGCUUUUUUGUAAAUCUCUCUCUUCUGCUACCUUGAACUCAGAGUCGCUCACGAUGAAGUUUGCUGAAGCCCGUUUUUUCUCAUUCACACACACGUCUCUGAUUCAUACAGUCGAGUCCUGCUGUGGUAAUAGAAAAUCGCUGCUGCAGCUUUAAAAUAUAAACCGUCGCGGAAAGAAAGGGUGAGGUUUGUUUUAGUCAAUACCGGUCAAUUCGAACGGCCCCGGUGGGCCCUGAACACCCACAGUUAUCAAGGUGAGUAAUAAUAUCACAGCCUCAUUCACCUUGAAAAGAGACGGUGGCAGAGUGAGUCAUUGUGUUAAUCCAGCAUGUUCUCAGCGGUUGUUUUGAGAGGUUCUAAAUGGAAAUGUUUCUCAGUCGGCAGGUUUUCACUCAGAGAAACGUCUCUGUUGAAGUUCAAAUAUAUUUUUUUAACCUCUCAGAUUCACAUGACGUGUUUGCUUUAGCUGCCAACGCAAUGACACUUUGGUUCUUCUGGCUCGCUCCUCAGCUUGUUCAAGACGGAGACCCACAAGCCAAACCAUCACUUGGAACCGGUGCACCAGGCUGACACCUUCCUGGACAGGGACUACUGCCUGCCGCAGAGCACGGGCUACAACUACCUGGACCCGAACUACUUUCCAGCCAACAGAUGA